AUGGAAAUGAAUUAAUUUAGUGAAGAAUGUAAAUAAAUAAAUGGAUAAUAAAUGUAAAUCAUCUAAAAUUACUAUUAAUUACUUGUUUUUAACUAGAAAGAUAAAGUUGAUGAUAAAAAAGAAGAUAAUAAAAAUAAUGAUAGUAAAUAAGAAAAAUAAUAGGAAGAAUAUAUGAAUAUGAAAUCUAAAAAUAUAGAAGAAAAUAAUUUAGUUUAUAAUAGAUUAUCUAAAGAAAUUGAGAUAUAGAAUUAAUAAUUUAUAUAUGAUUGUUAAUUUUGUCCAAAAUUAUUCAAAAAUAAUGUAAAUUUAUAUUGGCAUACUUGUUAGAAACAUUAAUAAGAAAAUUAGUGA